AUGCUCUACGGCGACUGCGUCGUGCAGCUCUGUGACGCUGGCCGCGUCGACGUCGUCUGUGAGGUGCGCUGGGGCGCGUUUGAGGCGCAAGUCGAAGAGUUGCUGCUGUGGCAAGCCGCCAACACCCACGCGCACGUGUCGCCGGCCAAGUCGUCGCAGAGCGCGUCUGCCUUGUACCGUCUCCUCUACAGCUUUUACGUCGCUCGGAGCCGGUUUGUGCACGCAGCCCGCGCCAUGUACUCGCUCUUCCUCCGCCUCGAGCUGGAGCCGUUUGCGCCGUCGAUCCUCCAGGUCCAGCGCGACGCACUCCUCGCGGCCUCCAACGUCUUGGAGCUCGUGCCCGAAGCGCAUCGGUGGUUUGUGUCGCAGGCUGGUCUUGCCUCGGACGCUGGCGACUGCGCGCUGACCGUUGUCUCGGCCUCGGAUGUCCACAAGCAACUGCUCUUGGUCCGCGGCAAGCUCGCACUGCCCGAGCACAAUCUGGCACUGGGUUCGCUGCGUGCGCCCGAGGUGGUGUCGUUGCUGCUGACGCACCUUGCGUCGCCGCCGCGUGCAGCCUUGCGGUCGAUCGAGCUCGCGUCGGCGAUGGCGCUGGCGUUUGAGCUGGACAUGAAGGUCGUGGUCCGUGCGGUGGCGCGUGCGUGGGUCGCCGGUUCAAUUCCCGAAUCGGUGCUGGCAACCACGCUCCAUCAUAUGCACUCGGCCGCGUCGUCGCUGGCGGCGAUCGAGACAGCGCUCGAGCUGCAUAACGCGCUUAUCAGUGCUGCAGGAUAUGGCACCUUGGCUAACGUCAUCUCGCUUCUCAACAAAGGUGUCAACGUCAACUGCAUAGAGAACAAUUUUCAAACGCCAUUGCACUACGCUGCUUACAAUGGUCAAUUGGACGUCGUUCGCCUCUUGCUUGAAAAAGGCGCCAAGUUGGAACCGUGCGACGUGAUUGGUUAUGCACCACUGCACCGAGCGGCUCAUGGCAAUCAGCCAGCCAUGGCCUAUCUCCUCUUGGAACAUGGCGCCAAAAUGGAUGCCAAAAACAGGGAUGGCCACACACCGCUUCAGGUCGCAGCAGCACGCGGUUUGAACGAUCCAAUCGCACAGCUUUUGCGUCACUACCCUCGCAUACAAGACGAAGACCAGCUCUUUGACGCACUGCGCGAAAAGCGCAUUCCUGACGCCACGCGCAUUCUCCAAAACAACUUUUUUCACGUCAACCUCCGUGACAGUUCUGAGACACCAUUGCUGCACUUGGUCGUGGCAACGCAGGAUCUGUCACUGCUUCAAGCGUUUCUCGCUGCUUCAAGCGUGUUGCUGCAAAAACCAAACCUCCAGAUCGAUGCCAAAGACGCGACGGGUCGCACAGCUCUCGCAGUCGCCAUCACCUGUGGCACCGCAGAGGCAGCUCAAACGCUGUACGAGGCGGGCGCGUCCCUCGACCUCGUCGACACGAAAGGCGAGACAGCGUGGCAUAUGGCGGCUGCAAAGGGUCAUAUGUCCAUCCUCGCGAUGCUGCUCCAAGAAACCAAGGACGAGAACGGCAUUGACGUGACCAACCACAAUGGGGAAUCACCUCUUUUUGUCGCUGCGACCAGUGGCCACGCUGACGUUGUCCAAUGUCUCCUUCGUGCCAACGCCAGCCCCCACGUCAUUUCUCAAGAUGGAUCGACGCUGCUGCAUGCAGCUGCUAUUAGCGGGAACAUGAUCGUCGUUCACCAAAUCGUCCAGUGUGGCGUCAACGUCGAUGCGAGCGACGCGAUGGGGCGGACACCACUCCACAUUGCGGCCGAGAAGGCCUACGACAGUGUGGUCAAGUACCUUUUGGACGUCGACGUCAAUGUCUUUGCCAAGGACAAGACGGGCAAGACGCCGUUGAUGCUGGCGACCAAUCCAGUCGUCAUCAACACCCUGCUACAAGCCGAAAAAUCGACCAAGCAAAAGGUUCCGCAGCUCUCCGAGACUCUGCUAGACCAACUCGUCGACCGCGUCAUCACCUCGGAGGGGUUGCGAGACCUUAUUCGCACGAGCCUCUGUAACUCGGAGGCGAAGCUAAACAAACUCAUCCAGCAGGUUCGCGACCGCCUCGACGUCGGCCUCGAAGCUUUGAAGAGCUCGGUGGAUCGACCUGAGGGCACUCAAAGCGCAAACGCGCGUGUCCAAGCUGUGUACGUCAACGACGCCAGUCAAGAGCGAACGCUGCUGGCCGACGACAGUCAAUAUAACGCCGCGAACGAGGCGGGCGACUCUCCUCUGCAUCUCGCUGUACAAACCAACGACCACAAGACGUUGGCGGCGCUUUUGCGAUCGUCCAGCAUCAACGUUGACGUCCGAAAUGCGGCGGGCGUGACGCCGGUGAUUCUGGCCGUCCAAAUGGGCCACCGACGCCUUGCGACGAUGCUCCAGACCGCUGCGCACCGUGACAUCCCCAGCGUGCUGGCCACGGACAUAGAGAUGGACCAAUCUAGUCCAAUCUAUGGCACCGUGUACAAGGGCACGUACAACGGUCGUGUCGUCGCCAUCAAAACGCCUGCCGACGUGUCCUCCGCCCAAGCAAUCAUCCACGAGAUGGAGACCAUGCAGCAGUGCAACUCGCCGUACGUGCAGCAGCUGCUCGCUGUCUCGGAUGUCAACUCGACCAUCGCAUGGGUGGUUGCGAAUGCGCUUGCCGAUUUGCACCACAACGGCGUCUUCCACCAAGAUCUUGAGAGCUACAACGUCCUUCUCUCGUCGACCAACUACAUAAAAGUCGCGAACCUCGGUUCUGACCUCGAGCCGGACGCAACGACGGGCAAGAGCACUCCGUACUGGACCGCCCCCGAGGUGCUAGCAUCGACGAGCAACUACAGCUUCGCAGCUGACAUUUACUCGUUUGGCGUCAUUUUGACCGAGCUGGACACGCUUCAGCUGCCUUAUCACGAUGCCAAGGGCCUCGGGUACUGGGGUAUCAUCGACGGCGUGCGUCUCGGCAACCUCCGUCCGACAGUAAGCGCGAAUUGUCCCCAUUGGCUUCAACAUCUCGCCGACGCCUGUCUGUCGUUCGACCCGACGCAGCGUCCGUCGGCACUCAUGAUCGUCGAGUCUCUCCAGAAGCUACUCCAUCGCAGCGAAGAGGAGCUUUCGGCGCCUGCCGUGCGAGAACCCGAGAUCAAGUUGGCCGCGCCAAGUGACGCGGGUAGCUCCAUGGAAGUGCUGUCCGACGAGAGCCCGCGGCCACCGACGAGCGAGGGGUCGAGCGACGCUGUUGUAGCGUCCGCUAUCAAUGCGGCCACGCCGCCCAUGGCACCUGCAAUGUCGACUGACACGCCGACGUCGUCGUUGUCGCCUUCCUUGAUCCUUGUGAGCACGCGCGCCGUGUGCCAGCUCUGCCGCGCGUCCAACUCGCUGCUCGCGUCGCACUGCGAAGCCUGCGCGGGACCCUUAGCCACUACUGCGUCCAAGCUCAAGGCUCUCUUGAAGCGCCUAGCCGUCGCCAAGAAGAACGGAUUUGAGAUCGACGACGGUCUUUUCUGCGACUGUUGCGACGCACACCAACCGAUGGAAGCGACAAUCUGUAGCGUCUGUGAAGAAGAGCUUCCGACCGACCACGAGCAGCUGUCCAUCCUCAUUCUACGCAUCGAGCAAGCGACCAAGUCGCCAAAGGCCUAA